AAUUCACUCCAGAAUUCACUCCAGAAUUCACUCCAGAAUUCAUUCCAGAAUUCACUCCAGAAUUCACUCCAGAAUUCACUCCAGAAUUCACUCCAGAAUUCAUUCCAGAAUUCACUCCAGAAUUCACUCCAGAAUUCAUUCCAGAAUUCCAGAAUUCACUCCAGAAUUCACUCACUCCAGAAUUCACUCCAGAAUUCACUCCAGAAUUCACUCCAGAAUUCAUUCCAGAAUCCAGAAUUCACUCCAGAAUUCACUCCAGAAUUCACUCCAGAAUUCACUCCAGAAUUUGCUAUAUCUUGUCAUGUUCAUCACUUGAUUUGCUAUCGGCCAUCGAUUAG